AUGGUGAACUCGCUGCUCUUCGGGGAGAUGGCGUUGGCCUUCGGCUGCCCGCCGGGCGGCGGUGGCGGCGGGGGCUGUCCUAGCGGGGGUGGCGGGGCUGGGCCGGGGCCGUCGCCGGUGACAGCAGCGCUGCGGGACGAUCUGGGCUCCAACAUCCACCUCUUGAAGGGACUCAACGUGCGCUUCCGCUGCUUUCUGGCCAAGGUGCACGAACUGGAGCGGCGCAACCGGCUGCUGGAGAAGCAGCUGGAGCAGCAGCAGAGCGAGCGCGAGCGGCGGCUGCGGUACAAGACCUUCUCCCGCGAGCAGGCUGUGCAGACAGGGCCCGAAUUGCUGCGGCCGCUGGCGCCCGGCGGUGGCCACGGCAGCGGCGCGGCGGCCGGCGUCAACGCCAACGCCAUAGCCCUGGGCGGCCUGCCCCCCGGCGGCGGCUCGCACCCGCAGCACUACGGCCGCCUGCCUGGGACCAUCUGGAGCUACACGCAGGUACGCCGGACGGGCGGCGGCGGCGUGGAGACAGUACAGGGACCUGGGGUGUCUUGGGUGCAUCCCGAUGGCGUGGGUGUGCAGAUCGACACCAUCACACCGGAGAUCCGCGCGCUCUACAACGUGCUGGCCAAGGUGAAGCGCGAGCGCGACGAGUACAAACGGAGAUGGGAGGAGGAGCUCGCCAAGUGCAUGAACCUGCAGACCAUGGUGGACACGCUUCAGGAGGCAGCACAGGAGGCGGACGCCAUCCAGGAGGAGAUGAACGAGAAGAUAGAGCGGCUCAAAGCGGAGCUGGUGGUGUUUAAGGGCCUCAUGAGUGAUCCCAUGACAGACCUGGACACAAAGAUCCAAGAAAAGGCCAUGAAGGUGGACAUGGACAUCUGCCGCCGGAUCGAUAUCACGGCCAAGCUGUGCGAUGUUGCACAGCAGCGGAACUCGGAAGACGUGUCCAAGAUCUUCCAGGUGGUCCCCAAAAAGAAAGAGCGGAAGGCGGCUUCGGAUGAUGACAUCUCAGAGCAGGAUGGAGAGGUGAACCGGUUCUCAGACGAUGAGGUUGGCUCCAUGAACAUCACAGAUGAGAUGAAGCGCAUGUUCAACCAGCUGCGAGAGACCUUUGAUUUUGAUGACGACUGUGACAGCCUGACUUGGGAAGAGAACGAAGAUACGCUGCUGCUCUGGGAGGAUUUCACCAACUGCAAUCCCACCCUCGACCUGCAGGGGGAGCAAGAAGAAAACUUGGGCAACUUGAUCCAUGAGACAGAAUCCUUCUUCAAAACGAGAGACAAGGAGUACCAGGAAACGAUAGGCCAAAUUGAGCUGGAGCUGGCCACAGCCAAGAGCGACAUGAACCGACACUUACAUGAAUACAUGGAGAUGUGUAGCAUGAAGCGGGGCCUGGACGUGCAGAUGGAGACCUGUCGUCGGCUCAUUAAAGGCUCUGCAGACAGAAAUUCUCCAUCCCCGAGCUCCGUGGCCAGCAGUGACUCGGGAAGUACAGAUGAGAUUCAGGACGAGUUCGAGCGGGAGGCAGAUGUGGAGCCCAUGGUCAGCUGA